ACAGAACCUUUAGUCAAGUAUAAACAAUCUGAACUAUACAUCUAGUGGUAAUCUUCUUAGGUCAUUGCGAUGCUUCAUUUUGUUAUUUUGUUUGUUAUUUAUUUUUUAUAUAUACUUCUCAUGGUUGCAAUGUCUGAAUUUAAAUGACAACGGAAAGUUCGGAAUAUCUGAUAGAUGUUUCUGACUCGUUUGCAUAUUCAUCGCUGAUCAGAAGAAAAUGAUUUAAUGUUACUAUUCUUUAUCUGUUGUGGAGGGUGUGCAAAAUUCUCUUUAUGUUUCUGCCUGUAGAGAUGGUACAGAAGUGGACUUUUAGUUGAUAAUUCACCACAUUCUCGAAAGAGAUGAUGCAAAGCUUACAUGUUUAGAUACACCACAAUCUCAUAAGAGGUGAUGCAAAGCUUUACAUGUUUAGAUACACCUAUAUAGAUGAUGCAGAAAUGGACUUUUAGCUGAUAAUUCACCACAAUAUUCUCAUUAUUUUUUAUUCAUUUCUUGGAUAUCCUUAAGCCUUCCAUUGUGUUAGAAUUGCUGUCCUCCCGAAGGAGAGUCUCCUAAAAAUCAAUGUCCUAAAACUUUAUGCAAUAUUGUUUACAAAUUUCUUACUACUCAUAUAAAGCUCUUCUUAUGCAAUUUAAUAAAUAAAAAAUAAUCUUUUUUUUUUAUCUCAAGUAAACACAUCACCAUUACCCAGGAGUUGACCCAUGACACUGUGUGGGAAGAAUCCAACAUGAGAUGGAUUGGCAAUGAACUUGAUGCAUUGCUAAAACCAAAAUAAUUAGAAGCAUGAACUGGGCUCCUUGCUAAAAUCCAGGAUAUCAUUGAGCCCUCGAUUUCUCAUUGCAGAAAUAACAUUGUAUGAUCUAAUCUUCUCAUUAUUUAGGUUUUAGCAGUGGACCAAGUUCGUGCUUGUCCAAAUCAUGAUGGAUUGGCAAUUGACCAGCCAUGGGCUAAACAACUGCAGCUCCCCGUGACCACCGCCUCUUUUGUUUGUAUCAAGUUAACAUCAUAUGCCUACGGUAGCAGCGACCUUGUUGUUAGCAUCAGCUGUCGCAGCAGCAGCAGCAGCAGCGGCAAUAUCGAAGCCAGGAUGCCCGAGCAAGUGCGGCGAAGUAGACAUCCCCUACCCGUUCGGCAUCGGGACCGACUGCUCCAUGGAAGGCUUCGACAUCACUUGCAAUGACACCACCGAUCCUCCAAAACCUUUCAUAGCUGUAGGAAACAUCGAAAUCCUCAACGUCUCCUUGGUUGAUCACGAGUUAAGCGUGCACAUCUACAUGGUUGGUCAGUGCUACGAGCAAUCUGGUAAUUACUCAACGACAAGCCUGGCCCUGCCAUUCUUGUUCUCGGCCGCCAGCAACAAGUUCACCGUCGUCGGUUGCUCCACUCUCGCCUACGUCGUAGGCCAAAACGUGAAAGGCAACACUUACGCGAGCGGCUGCGUGUCCUACUGCGACGACGCCGGUGGCGUUUCGGAGGGGCCGGGUUGCGAUGGCAUGGGUUGCUGCCAAACUUCCAUACCCAAGUCGCUCAGCAAUUUUACCGCCUACUUCAGUGAUUCCUUAAACAACAGUGAGGUGGCGAGCUUCAGUCCCUGUAGCUAUGCCUUCGUAGCCGAUCAAGAUUGGUUCCGCUUCAAUAAAUCCACCCUCUUCCCUGAUUUCGGCGACGAGACCAAUUACCAGGUUCCUGUGCUGCUGGACUGGGCGAUGCGCAACCACUCGUCGUGCCGGGAUGCUGAAGCUGACUACCCUAACUACGCCUGCCGCAGCGCUAACAGCGACUGCUUGAAUUCCACCAAUGGCCCCGGGUACUUAUGCAAGUGUUCCCAAGGAUACACAGGCAAUCCCUAUCUCGAGGGUGGAUGCCAAGAUAUCGACGAGUGCGAACUUUCUCAGCUGUAUCCAUGCUUCGGAGUUUGCAGCAAUAUACAGGGAGGCUACCUCUGCACAUGCCCUCCUGGCACGCAUGGUAAUGCCACCAAAGACACUUGUAUCGGCAACUCAUCCAAAUUUCCAUUACCGGCGCGGCUGGUUAUAGGUUUCAGCGUGUUCUUUGUGGUAUUAGUUGCCCUGGUUUCUAGUGCAAUCAUAUGUACCCAAAAGUUGAAACUCAAACGAGAAAGAGACACUUUCUUCAAGAAAAAUGGGGGAUUCAAGUUGUACGAAGAAAUCCUAUCCAAAAAGGUGGACACCGUUCAAGUAUUCACCGAGGAGGAGCUACAACGAGCCACAGACAACUUCGACGACAAAGGAGUCAUCGGCUGCGGCGGGUACGGCAUGGUGUACCGGGGAAUCUUGGACAACCAACGAACGGUGGCGAUAAAGAAGUCGAAGAAGGUCGACGAGCGACAGAAGGACGAGUUCGUCAACGAGAUCAUCGUUCUUUCUCAGAUCAACCACCGGCAUAUAGUAAGGCUACUGGGCUGUUGCUUGGAGCUGGAUGUUCCCAUGCUGGUCUACGAGUACAUCUCCAACGGCAGCCUGUUCGACGUGCUCCACCCUGAGCACUACACCUCGCCCCUCCCCUUGCAAGCUCGCCUAACGAUCGCUGAGCAGGCCGCGGAAGCGCUCGCCUACUUGCACUCGGCGACCAACCGGUCCAUCAUUCACGGGGACGUCAAGUCCCACAACAUACUGCUGGACGACGACCUCUCCGCCAAAGUGUCCGACUUCGGAGCGUCUCAGCUCGUCCCCAUGGACGAAGACGAGUUCAUCAUGUUCGUGCAGGGAACGUUAGGUUACUUGGACCCCGAGUGCAUGCAGACCCGCCGGCUGACGGAUAGAAGCGACGUGUACAGCUUCGGGGUCGUCCUCCUGGAGUUGAUCACAGGCAAGAAGGCGAUCUACGCCGACGAUGCUGGGGAAAAGAGGAGCCUGGCGACAAGUUUCCUCGUGAUGAUGAAGGAGCAGAGGCUGAGGGACAUACUGGAUAACAAAAUGAUCGGGGAAGGCGGAGAGCGGUUGCUGGGGGAGGUUGUGGCCAUUGCCAAGGAGUGCCUGAGCGUGAAGGGAGAAGAGCGGCCGUCCAUGAAGGAAGUAGCAGAGCGACUGCAUUCUUUGAGAAGGUUAAGGCUGCAACCGAGGGAGGAAUAUGAUCAGGGAGCGAUCGAAAUGGUAAAAGCUGAAGAGACAAGAAGAUGCACGGAGACGGAUACCAGCGGUUAUCAUAUUCUGGAUAGCAGCACGCUGCUGAACAACGUCGACGCCGGGAGAUGACGAAGUUGCUUCCUCCAUCUCCUCCUCCGAGCCAUAGAUAUAGUUCCAUUACAAGACGUCGUGUGGUACCAAUAGAUCUUUACAGAGUGAACUCGAUGAUUUUUAUGUGAUAAUUAUAAUCCUUGGCAAUUUCGCCCCUUGGAAAGUCGGAUGCAUAGAUCAUUUGAUAGGAUUUGUCUUUUAGCAUAUUUAUUACCGUAGUAAAAGAAAUGAUCAAUCUGUAAGACAUUAAAUGUAGAAAUCAAAUGCUUACUCCAUUAACCAUAGGGUAGUGGGGGGAGGGAUGCGUCCCAUGUUGGCAGGGAAGGAACACUGUUUUCUCCUUCAGCACAGAGAUAAAAGUACUUAUGUGAAACACAAGUCUCUAUCAACUACAAAGAGAGUUACAUCCAUAAGAUGCCCUAUCUCGCAAUGUCGAUUGAUGAUACUGAC